AUGAACAAGACGGUUGAAUUGGGACUAGGUGCUGGUGUGGGAGCUUUAGCCUCUGAGCUCCUGAAAUUGCUGAUUGCGGAGGCGAAGAUGGUGUUGACGUUCAAAUCUGUGUAUAACGAUCUCGCGUCGAAGAUGGAAGAAUUGCGUCCAACAAUCGAAGAGAUCGAAAAGUUGCAAAAAGUGGAGGAACUAAAGAAUCUCAAGGACACGAUCAUCAAAGCUCGUGUACUGGUUGAGAAAUGUUCACGCGUCCAGCGAUGGAACUGUUUCUUGAAAUCUUAUUACAACAGGAAAAUCGUGGGAAUCAAUAAGAAGAUGAAAAACUUCUGUCAGGUUCAGAUGCAGAUUCUUCAAUUCAGGAACCAGUUGCAGAUUGAUAAAAAUAUCGAUCUUUUGAUUGCUCCUGGACCGCACGUUUACAGGGAUCUUUGUUCGGUUGCAAAGCUUGAUAUAGUUCCUGUUGGUUUGGAUUGGCCAUUGAUGGAGCUAAAGAAGAGGCUCCUUGACGAUUCUGUGGUUAGUCUUUUGGUAUCUGCUCCUCCCGGUUGUGGGAAGACCACGCUCGUUACUCAGCUUUAUCACGACCAAGACAUCAGAGGAAAGUUCAAGCAUAUCUUCUUUAAUGUUGUGUCAAGUACUCCUAACUUUAGGGGAAUAGUACAGGACUUAUUCCAGCACAAUGGUUACCAAGCACUUACAUUUCAGAAUGAUGCUCAAGCACUUGAUGGCUUGAAGAAACUGCUGGAGAAACUCAAAGAAGAUGGUCAGAUAUUGUUGGUAUUGGAUGAUGUGUGGCCUGGAGGGGAGUCCUUGCUUGAGAAAUUCCGAGGUUAUAAGAUUCUUGUGACCUCGCGGUAUGACUUUCCGAGUUUCGACUUCACUUAUCAUUUGCAACCUUUGAAAGAUAAAGAUGCUAGGUCCCUUCUCAUUAAGUGGGCACUGCCGCCUCACCACACAGUCACAGAUGAGUAUGAACAUCUUUUCGAAAAGAUAUUAAAACGCUGCAAUGGAUUCCCACUUGUAAUUGAAGUAGUCGGUGCUUCACUUAAAGGACAAGCUCUACAUUUAUGGAAGGGCCAAGUGGAAAGCUGGUCUGCAGAGGAAACAAUUCUUAGUAACCCUCGUCCUAAAGUGUUACAAUGUCUGCAGCCUAGCUUCAAUGCCCUGAAACCCUAUCUUAAAGAGUGUUUCAUGGACAUGGGCUCAUUUCGUGAAGACCAAAAGAUACGUGCUUCGGUAAUAGUUGACAUAUGGGUGGAACUAUACGGUAAAGGUAGUAGUCUCCUGUACAUGAAAUACCUCAAUGACCUUGCUUCCCAGAAUCUGCUUAAACUUAUUCCUCUCGGGAGUAAUGAGCACAAAGACGGAUUCUACAAUGAGCUGUUAGUCACUCAACAUGAUCUCCUGAGGGAGUUAGCUAUCAAUCAAAGCGAAUCUGGAGAGUUCUUGGAAAGAAAAAAAGUAAAUUUGGUGAUACGAGGAGACAACUAUCCAAAGUGGUGUUUGAAUCUAAAACAGGCUAUCAAUGCCUGUCUCUUGUCUAUCUCUACAGAUGAUUCAUUUUCAUCAAGCUGGGUGGAAAUGGAUUGCCCCAAUGUUGAGGCUUUAGUCCUUAAUCUCUCUUCAUCAAACUACGCUUUACCAGACUUUAUUGCUACAAUGAAGAAACUGAAGGUUGUGACUAUCAUAAACGAUGGUCUUAAGCCUGCAAAACUGACCAACUUGUCGUGUCUCAGCUUGUUACCGAACGUGAAACGGAUCAGAUUGGAGAAAGUUUCAGUCACGUUGUCGGACAUUCUCCAAUUGCUACUCGACGGUCUCAAAAAGCUAUCUUUGGUAAUGUGUAGUUUCAAUGAGUCUUCCAACGACACGAAAGAAAUAGAUGUCUCUAAAGCUCUAUCGAGUUUACAAGAGAUUGACAUAGACUAUUGUUAUGAUCUCGAUGAGUUACCUUACUGGAUCUCUGAAGCUGUUUCAUUGCAGACACUUAGCAUUACAAACUGUAAUAAACUCUCCAAACUUCCAGAAGCUAUAGGAAACUUGAGUAAACUAGAAGUGUUGAGGCUGAGUUCUUGUAUUAACCUUUCCGAGCUGCCUGAAACCACAGAGAGACUCAGGAAUUUGCAGUUUCUGGAUAUUUCUGAUUGCUUAGAAUUGAAAAAGUUGCCACUGGAGAUUGGUAAGCUGCAGAAACUGAAGAAGAUCUCAAUGAGGAAGUGUGGAAGAUGUAUAUUGCCGGAUUCAGUGAAGUAUCUAGAGAAUCUGGAAGUGAAAUGCGAUGAAGAGACUGGGAUACUGUGGAGAAGAUUCAAACCAGUAAUGAAAAAUUUGAUAGUUCAUGAAGAGGAAACAGAACAUAACUUGAACUUGCUUCAGAUAUUUUAAGUUGAUUUUUUUUUAAUUUGCCGAGAAGUUCGGCAUUUGACACUAGUCUUUGUGUGCAUGGAGGCAGCCUUUAUUCUUUUUGAGAAGAACCUUUUUCCCAAAUGGAUUCGUCCUAGUUUUUUCCCUGUCUAGAAAAUCAC